AUGUUACGCCGACGAGAUCGCCGACUUCUGCAGGAUUCAAAAGUCAUCCCUACAGACCAUGUCGCUUCUCAACACCAUCUGCUUGUUAUGGAUUUGAAAAUCUCCCAAGGAAGAGACAUCCAAGGACUGAAGCACAACGCAUCAAGUGGUGGAAUUUUAAGGAUCGAGAGGAGCGUUAUACGCUUGACCGCAGAAAACACUCUGGGAAAGACGACUCUAGGUAAGCCAAAGGUACAAAAGGCUACGUGGUUUUGGAACGAGGAAGUUCAGGCGGCAAUUCGUGAAAAGUCCAAGUAUAAGCUCUGGUGGAGGACACGUCAACCUGAAGAUCGGGAUGCUUACCUAGCGGCGAAGAGAGAGGCUAAGAAGGCAGUCUCCAAGGCGAAUUCGGACUGCUACAAGGCUGUGUAUGACAUGCUAGAUACCGGAGAAGGCGAGCGUUCAGUGUAUCGUUUAGUCAGAGCGCGUCAUCGCUCAACGUUGGAUAUGGAGCACACAAAGAUCGUUAAGGGAGCUGAUGGAGUCGUUCUGCGCCGCUCUAGUCAGAUCCUGGAGAGGUGGCGAGACUACUACAAUCACUUGUGUAACGAAGAGUUCUGUCGUCCUCCCAUCCCAACUGUUCCCAGCGUCGAGGGUCCUGUUCUACCAAUUACUGCCGUCGAAGUCAGUGCUGCCCUCGCAAAAAUGAAGUCGAACAAGGCAACCGGUCCUGAUGACAUACCUGCUGAUGCCUGGAAGCUGCUAGGAGAUCGAGGGCCUAUACGACUGCUGUGCCAUACUAUAGAUGCUAUCCAUGCUGUCCGUAUCCUCCUGGAGAAACAUCGAGAGAAGAACCGCAGUGUGCAUCUUGCUUUUCUAGAUCUCGAGAAAGCUUUCGACCGUGUCUCACAUGAGCUGUUAUGGAUGUCCAUGAGGUCGCAUAGAGCACCAGAAGAAUAUGUGCUGUGGACGAAGCUGCUUUAUGCGAAGCCUACCAGCGUUGUACGAUGUGGUGAUGGAACAAGCAGGCCAUUCCCUGUACAAGUAGGGGUUCAUCAGGGUUCAUCCCUCUCAUCCCUGCUGUUCAUACUGUGCAUAGUCACGAUAACGAAGGAAAUACAGAAUCAGCAUCCGUGGACCCUACUCUUUGCCGACGAUGUCAUGCUCGCGUCGGAUUCUCGAGAUGAUCUUCAAAAACCAGUACAGUCUUGGAAGCUGCAGCAAUAUGGAUUGCGCCUCAACACAUCAAAAACUGAGUACAUGGAGUGCGGACCAAGGAUAGAGGAUGGUUCAAUUCGUGUCGCUGGCACCAAAUUAAACAAGGUUAACUGUUCCAAGUACCUUGGAUCCAAAGUGACUUCCACAGGCGAUAUUGAUCAAGAAGGUCGAGCACGUGUUGAUGCGGCAUGGAUGAAAUGGAAAAUUGCAACAGGUGUACUGUGCGACAAGAAAGUCCCUGUCCGGCUGAAGCCGAAGAUCUACAGGACGGUUGUGCGUCCUGUUGCCCUUUACAGAUGCGAGUGCUGGCCGACGACGAAAGCCUUGGAAAGAGUGUUGCACGCUAUGGAGAUGCGGAUGUUGAGGUGGACGAUAGGUGUAACGCUAAAAGAAAAAGUAUCCAACGACACUGUACGCUCCAUCUUCGGCGUCGUCCCGAUAAUCAAGAAGAUGAAGGAGGCGCAACUGAGAUAG